AUGGUGCUUACUCUUUAUAAGUUGGACGCCAGUCCGCCCGUGCGUUCCGUCUACAUGGUGAUUGAAGCUUUAAAGAUAAGGGACGUGGAGUACGUCGAUGUGAACCUGCUUGAAGGAUCGCAUUUGAAAGAGGAAUUUCUAAAGAUGAACCCGCAACAUACAAUUCCUUUGUUGAAAGACGACGAUUUCUUGAUUUGGGACAGCCACGCUAUAUCCGGUUAUUUGAUCAGCGUAUACGGAGCUGAUGACUCUCUCUACCCAAACGAGCCCAAGAAAAGAGCGUUAAUCGACCAGCGUUUGCACUUUGAUAGCGGUAUACUGUUUCCUGCUCUACGUGGUGUUGCCGUAAUUAUCUUCUUCAACUUAUUAUGUCUUGGACAGGAUGAAUUGAUUAUCUUCCGCGGCGAGAAAGAAAUACGACCAGAGAACUUGGCCAAGAUCAAAUCGGCCUAUGACUUCACAGAGAAGAUUCUCUCUUCAGAUUGGAUUGCCGGUGAUGAGUUCUCCUUGGCCGACAUUUGCUGCGUUACUUCCAUCAGCACGUUGAACGAGAUGGUUCCAAUUGACGGAAGCUUAUAUCCUAAAUUAGCUUCGUGGUUAGACCGUUCCUCUCAACUGCCGAUCUACAAAAAAGCCAACGAGCCAGGACUUCUGCAAUUCCGAGAGAUAUUCAAAAAUAAAACCUCCUAA